CUUUUAUUUUUUUUUUCUAAUUUUUGUUUGGUUUUGUUUAUAAAAAAAAGAGAAAAGCGGCAAAGCGUCCUGGCGUAACUGUAAAUUGCCACCCACACACACAGACACAGGCACAGGCCCACAGGUUGAAAGUCGAGCUCAGAGCGUACAUAUGUAUGUGUGUGGAAAAAAGUGCUGCAUAAGGUGCGAAAGAACAUUGCGAAAAGCGGAGAUUGUGGCAUUUGAGGACGAACCGAGGCGGAAGAAGAGGAAUACAAAAACGAGCUCCAAGGUUUGAAACAACAACUGUGAGCAGUGGAAACAGAACGAGCGUUCAGUGUUCAGCGUUCAGCUAUAAACGAUAUCAAAACCAAUAGGAAGAAACGCACACAAAGAGCCGAAAAACCAAAAAACCAAAGACAAAGUCUUCGAGUCUUCUAGUCUUCGGAAGAGAGAGUGCUGUGGAGAGGGACAGAGACGGGGCGAGUGUGUGAGCGGGACGGAGACGGCUGGCGGUCAGCGACGUUGGACAAGUAGUUGAAAAAAUAUUGCGCAUACGCCGCGUGUACCGAAGGCAAGAAAGAACAAGCCGUGCGCUCUUCUUUUUCUUUGAAUCGCACCGAUUCAGCUUUAUAAAAUAAAACAGUAUAGAGGACCAAAGGGAUAAGAUAAACAUAGAGAAGGAGGAGGAGGAAGAAGAGAAGGAGGAACAGGUGGAGCAGGAGGAGGAGGAGGAGGAGGAGGAGGCCAGUGAAGAAGCAGAAGAAGAAGGAGAAGAGCCGAGGAUCAGCGGCUACGAAGGGAAUCCAUUUCAGACUGUAGCCGGCUAUAAAUCCAGCUUCAAGACGUCUUGCAAACGGCUGAAAAUGGAGAAGACUCCCCGGUACACGCAGCGGGAGCGGAACAUGGUGUUGAGCUACGCGGCGCAGUACAAGGACGUGAUCGAGAAUAAGCGCACGGACGCGGAGUCCAAUCGCAAGAAGGACGAGGUCUGGCUGCAGAUCGCCGACGAGUUCAAUUCGCGAGUUUACCACCAGCGCAGCGCCAAGCAGCUGCGCCAGCUGUACAAGAACAUGAAGCUGCUGCUGAAGAAGGAUCUCUGCGGCGAGGACAAGGACAAUCGGUCGUUCAUGGACCUGCUGAACACGCUGGCGCGGCAGGAGUCCGUCGCCCAGUACAUUGCCGAGCAGCUGUCGCCGGAGGGCGCGGGGGGCGGCAAGCCGUGCCUCACGGGAAGCGGCGGCGGAGGCGGCGGCCAGGGAAACGGACACCAUGCGGAUGACUACGAGGACUCCAAGUAUCAUUUGUUCUCCUCCCACUUGCAGAUGCCCCUCUAUCCCGAGGGCAUGGACACGGACGUGAUCCUCAUCAAGUCGGAGACGAUCAGCGACAACGAGCAGACGGACAAUGGGAUGGACUGUCUGGAGGAUGACGACGACGAUGACAGCCUGAGCCCCAAGGCGCCGGAAGUAUGCCUGGAGGAGGAGGACGAUGUGCUCUUUCCCACGGAUCUGCGUCAGCUGGUGGGUUCCUCCUCCGGCGGUGGCGGCGGCGGCGGCGGUAUCUCCACCGCCUCGCUGCCCGGCAAUGUGUCGAGCAACGGACUCACAGAUAACGUUCGCCGUGCCGCCAGUUCGCCCGUGUGCUCCACCAAGACCUCGGUCAGUUCUGGCGGUGGAAGCUAUGCCUCCGCAGCGCCCAAGCCGGACAUCACCAUCCAGACGGUGGGCCACAUACGCGUGGGCAGCUUUGCCAACAUCAACAAGACGUUGCAAAAUGGAGGCUCCAAUCCGUCAGCCAUUCUGUCCAGUGCCAGCAAUGGUGGCUCCAAUGCCAGCGGAGUACUGCCGCUGACGGCGGAGCAAGUGCAACAGCAUACGCUACUGAACGGCCUGGGCUUGUCCGCCGUCAAUCCGUCGCAGUCCCUGCAGGCGGCCAUCAAUGCACCCUAUGUGUCCGCCACGCCUGUUUCAUCGCUGGCCGUCAGCAGUCGCCGCACACCGCCCACACUGCACCUGCCACGCCUACAGCGCGCGAAUAAUAACAACAAUAAUAAUAAUAACAGCAGCAGCAGCACCGCCGGCCAUACGAACAUCAACAACAACCAUACCACAGUGACCGCCAAUGGAGUGCAGCUGCUGCUCAAUGGCAACCAUCAUGGCCAGCAGACGCACCAUCAUUUGGGGCGGGACAAGACGGGCGGCGUGGCCAUUGGAGCGGCAGGCAGUUUCAAUGGCUACAAUGGAAUGGCAGUUGCAGCAAGCAGCAAUGCUUGCAGCACCUUAAAUAGCAGCGUAUCCGGAUCGGGAACAGGAAGCAGUGCGAACAGCAGCGGCGUGGGAUUGACCAAUGCGUCGGGGGCAAGUCCAAGCGGCGCAGCGAGGAGCCAGCACCAGGAGCUGAUGAAUUCGCUGAGGAUCGAGGAGAGCAGGCAAAAGAUUGCCCUAAUCAAUGCCCAAAUCGAGUAUUGGCAGACGCUGACCCGCAAGCUGAACAGUCAGCCGGGUCACAUGCCGAAUCCCGCGUGUCCGUGCCAUUUCCCCGGAGCCAGUGUGCUCUCACCGGCCGCCGUGGCGGCUGCCAGUGCCUCGUCCUCCGCCCCCGCCGCCGCCACCGCCUCCGCAUCUGUCAACUUGCUGCAAACGCAGGCCAGCACCAGCUAGUCCGCAGAGAAGGGGCGGCGGCGAGCACCAGAG